UGUUCGUGACUGCGGCUUUUAUGCAUCAUCGUUUUUCUCUGCUCGUGUAAAAUUGUUUUAUCUUAUCAAAUCGUUCACCGAAGGUCCUAGCGAAAAUAGAAGUUAGUUCAUGAACACGUAUGUCGUAAUAGGAAAUCAUGCCCGUUCUCUGGGUAUCCGCCUCGGUCGAACGGGAUCGUGAUGCAUUUGUCGCUGGAUAGCUUUGUUUUCGUUUGUUGUGUUUAUUAUUAGUCGUGAAAUGGUUUCGAAAUUCGAAUGAACAUAAGUCCAUUGCUUCGGAUUGGAUAUGUGACGAUUAUUUUUCUGUUUUUUAAGUUCGGAAAGUGACUAUUUGAAGCCGCCCUGCGUCUAGACUAUCGACCUAUUAUUAUACUUCGAAUAUAACCGGUAGAAUGGAACCGACUUUAUCUGGGCGGGAUUCGUCCGAAGUUGGUAACACGUCGGCUGCUUUGUACGUGACUCACAACCUUGAGACCGUAGCGGAAGAGUGUGAAGAUGACAAAAAAGCAAACAACGAUUUGAAACUGGGAGUUCUCGUGGAAGACAGUACAAAAUCUCAACUAUCGAAGUAUUUGGCCAGAUUACUACAACACUUCACACAACGCUAUCAACAUGAAGUCGAGAUCAGCUCAUUUGACUUACUGUUUAUGGUAAUUUAUUGCUUGGCACUCGAAACCGGUUUCAUCCCAGAAGGACACGUGCUGGAGGAUGCGCAAGGCGUUUUACGACCUGGCUUCGAUCGCCGUUUGAUGCACAUAUUCUCAGCAAUAGUUCCUUCUAAUUUAUAUGACCGUGUCAAUCGAAGCUAUAGAUUGGAUGUGUAUUUACCGGGAAUAGAAGAUAACUGUGCGCUCGUUGGAAUCAAGAGUGGGGACUUCCUAUGCCUCACGUUUACGAUCUUGCAACGGUCGGAUAUGCUCAGUCAAAGCAUACUUUUACCGGUGUCUCGAUAUAUACCAAUAAUUAACUUCCAAAAACUGAAUAUCUCCUGCCAAAAUCUCAAAGAUCUCUCAUGCAGAGUGAAAAACAAUAUCUUCAUCCCAAUACGCGAUGCUCUUUGCCAAGCCUCGAGCCCAUCGCUGUAUCCCUCUCUCAUUGAACUGCCGGACGAAGUUUUAGUUAUAUUACUGGUAAAAUAUCUCGAUAGAAGGUCAAUUAUGCGUCUUGGGGCUAGCUGUUCUAGACUUAAAAUGCUUACAGAUAUCUGUCGUUAGUGGUAAUUAAGGAGUGGUACCAUGAUAUAAAAAAUAAAUGUUAUUUCAAGGAUUUCAUAGUUAAUUUUUUUAGCACAGAACGAAAAG